AUGCGCGGAGCUAGCGGUACACGAGCGGUUCCGCGGGCCUUAAUUGACACGCAUCCGGUCGAUAUGAGCGCAUACGAACCGCAAACGAUCGCGAGAAUCGUGCGCUGGAUCGCUCUCGUUGCGUACGACACGCAGCCGGAGUGGAGUUUAUCAGUUGACUCUCAAGCUCUCCUAGCAGUUGGUAGAGAGGCCUUUGGUCCAUACCUCGGCGCGUGGGUCGCUCAUCAGACGUAUGCUCAUCCACGUCGACUUUUGUAUCCCGUUAUUGUCUUUGCACCGUUCGCAUUAAUAAUCUCAUUGCGCAACUGCACCGCGCCAUCACGGAACCUAUUUGCGCGACCUGAUCGUGAGCCGGUGGAGGUUAAGACCGCGUGGGGGAGGGCGAAUGAAACAGGUCAAAAGCGAAGCGGCAUAGUGCGUAUCGGCGAAAAAGAGGUCAGUGACUGCUUUGCGGGCGACAGCGGGGUGGAGGGCGGUCGGGGCGACGGCAGCGGGCGCGGGAAGGGCAUGGAGGGAGGGGAGCGAGUCCCGUUAGGAGAAAGUAGUCGUAUGCAGGCGGGCGCUCGCGCGGUUCGUGACGCCGCGCUCGAUCGAUCGGCCAUCUUGUUCGUGGAAUGGUUCGAUUCGAUUUUAUCGAACCAAGAGUCGAGACCCAAACCAGUAUGGCGUCAGUCGCGGCACAAUGACCAGCUGGUGCUUUGUGGCCCAUCAAGCCCAAGAAAAGCUAGGCGAGGGUCGGGAAGCGGGGCCGACGAACGCAGCUCGCCGCAGGUGGCUCCGUUCGACGGCAGGGCAAACAGUCGUUUAGCU